AUGUGGUUACUAAAGGUUGUGCAUGGAUCUUUUCACCAGGGUGAUCACAGGUUUUUGUACAGAGGAGUGCAGUGUAUGGCCAUUGCCUUAGUCAGUUUAGCUAGACACACAGUGAAAAGUGUGUUCUCGUGGGACAGUUUCGAUCUGGAUCGUGUGUUGGUUGAAGGUGAUAAAUUGUAUUGCGAUUUGCGUAGCAAAAACCUCUUCAGCCACGUGUCUAAUCUAUUGUCUGUUCCAGAUCUUCCCAAGGUUUUUCCAAUUGAUAGGCCAGAGUUCAGUGUAAGUUGUGGUGACACAUGGUCAGGUGAGGUAGGUGUCACAUCAGGUGAAUGGAUUGACCUUGGUGUGUAUGUUAGUAUGCAGAAUGGUCUGGAGAGAAUUUUUAGUCAGUACAGCACUUGUCUGCUGACACUUUGUGGCAAUACGUCUGCCAUCAUCUGUGAGGAUGGACAGUUCGCUGUGGUCGACAGUCACUCACGUAGUAGCUGUGGCUUGGUACAUGGUGACGGUACCAGUGUAGUUCUGUAUUUUUCAUGUCUAGAUGACCUGAUAUCUGUUGUUUGGCAGACAGUCUCACUUCAGGGGAGAAGCCCUUUGAACUGUCUGCCAUUAGUAUUAGUAGCAUUGUGUGUCCAGCAGUGUCAGGUGUUUCUGUAG